UUUUUAAACGUCACGUUAAAUACGCCUGUGGCAUCCGGCGGUCCGGCGCGGCGGCGCAUAGCGGAGUCUAUGAACCCUUUUUUAUAGUUUUUCACCUAUGUUAUUAGUUUAUAUUACCACUUACGUUUUAUUGUUGCGUGUCAGCGCCAAAAACAUGGUUGUGUUGCGAUCUCUUUUGGGGUUCUAAAUUGAAGCUCGCAUUUGCAGCCACCGUCAUGGUGGGCGGCGUAGGUGCUUCUAAAAUUGAAGAGAUUUCAUGUGUAAUAACUUAAAUGGAAGUAUACCAAAAGGGAGGUGAAAUAUAUCAUCUUUGGCGCUCUUGCACGUUAAAAUGUUAUGAAGUGAGGCUGCAAGUUUCGGUGUUGUGUUUUCCACUGUUGAUGCAAUUUUGUGAUCAUAUGCACCUACCUUUACAUUAGGGAGAACUUGAAGUAUAAAAGGCUAUAACCUUCGUGUUUUUCUUAUUUGUUGUAGUGAUUUGUGUUUCUUCCUUCCUAGCCUGCCCGUGCUAUAUUUGUUGUAGUGAUUCAUGUUUCUUCCUUCCUAGCCCGCACCGCAACUGGUCAUUUUUUGGAUGCCAGGUAUAUUGCAUUUAUGCGUACUCGGGAUGAAAGAAAGUCAGAAACAAGCGGCUAACAGUGAGUCAAAAGCUGAUCCUCGAGUGUAAGAAUCACCCUAUUGAUUUAAACAAUAAAAAACGAGCUUUGAAACAUAUGCAUUGUACUACCAGGGGAAUAGCGCUUGCUUUCACAAAGAUCAGACCUUCUGAAAGCUUUUCAGCAAAUUAAUUAUUGAAUUGAUAAAUGAUAUGACUCCUAACAGAGUGACGAUUGUUGAGACAAGUUGCACCAGGAAAACAGAAAAGCCUUGUUCUAUCUAUGGUACUGGGGGUGGACCCGUUGCCGUUUGGUGCACCUUACCCUUAGGUAAACGAAAAAUGUUGGGUAACUUUGAGUUCCAUGAAAAGCUUGGGUGGAUAGCUAGGUGGUGCUUUUGUGAUAUAGACGUUGCUCCCAAUGGUCAAAGAUUGAAGAUAAUAAAAGUUCUCCCUUUAAAAGUUUUGGUUUGGUACCAAAAUCUGCAAAUCAGUUUUUCCAUUUCCUGCCUUUUAAAAGUUUUGGCUACAUUCAACAAGCCACAGCUAAGUUGUUGUUUGGAGCAGAUAAUCCAGUUUUACAUCAACCGAGAAGUUGUCACCACUCUAAGGUCUAUCUCGGGCACCGGGUCCCUUCGAGUUGCUACAGGCAUUUGCAUCAUAGUUUGUAUGUGACUUGACUUUGUGUAAUAAACCAAAUCGGAAUUGAGUUAGUUAUGUUUCGGUAUAUUUGUAUCUGACUUGACUUUGUAUAAUUAACGAAAACGGAAUCGAAUUACUCUAUAUUUCUAUCUGA